AUGGCAAGGACGAUCUCUCCUACAUCUCACAUGCUCUUGGAGGAGGACACUAUCGACAGCUUUUGUACCAAUACCCCAACCACCCUGCUGCACUCCUCACCGCCGAGCAGCCCCUUUAACCAGAUCCUCUCCACCGAGCAUGGCACCUCUGACGGCUUCACCACAUGGCCGUGCAACUCUGUCCAAAACACCCAGCUGCAGUUGUCGUCAGUAGUGGCCACACCUGAGUACUACUCGUAUUGCGACAUGAUUGCCUCCGAAAUGCUGCCUGGUGACAACAUGGACAGCACACAACACGUCGUCGGUCAGGAUGCAUCCUCCUUGUUGAUGAACAGCAUGCAAGAGGCGGCGGCGGCGGAGCCCAACAGAUUGUUGCCAGCAGCCAAGAGCAGCGACUGUUGCAUGGACGUGAUCAGCAUGGCAUUCUUCAAAGGCAUGGAGGUGGCCAACAAGUUGCUCCCACUCAAGGACAGCGAGACGACAUUGGCUCGUGGUAGGGGCUGGAAGAAGAGGCUUCAAGGCAAGGACAAUGAUGCAGACGUCAGCAUGGGCAGGAGCAGCAAGCAGAAGGUGGCACAGACACAAGCUGACUCAGAGGAGGAAGCCGCAGCACGCAAGAUGCUGGACCGGUUGAUGCUUAACGACAAUGCAAGCCAUGCUGCCGACGGUUCCAUCCAGGGCCAGCUCAUUGAGGAGACAGGGCGCCGCCUCAGUGACUGUGCUCGCCAGUUUAGGGUCCCAUUCAAGUUCCAUGCUAUUGCAGCGAAAUCAGAGGCUGUCCGUGCUAAGGACCUGGACAUUGAUCCUGAAGAGGUGCUCGUUGUCAUCUCCCAUUUCCAUUUCAGGACCUUGAUGGAUGAGGAGUGUCAUCAUCGACAGGCAAAACCCCAGAGACACAGUGCUGAAAACAUCAAGAAGAUGAGGCCAAAAGUGUUCAUCCACGCCAUCCUCAAUGGAUCAUACAGCGGUGCUUUCUUUGUGUCAAGGUUCCGUGAGGCGCUCAACAAUUUUGCUGCGCUGUUUGACCUGAUAGACACCACUGUGCCCCAGGAAAACAAGAACACGCUGCUGGUAGAGCAGGAAUUGUGCGCGAUCGCCAUGAACAUCAUUGCCUGUGAGGGCGUGGAUAGGGUGGGCGGCCUCACAACUAUAAGCAGUGGCACGUGCGGUGCGGCGAAAGCAGGGGCUGAGGCAACUGCCAUUGGAUCUGGACAUUGUUCAGAAGCGAGCAAAGACAAGGUGAAUAAGGAAUACCGCAAGUACUUUCGUUAUCAAUGA